UAAAUUAUAAAAGCGCAACAUUAAAACCCCAACAAACAGUCAUUUCUACAAAAUGCCACACUUUCGUGUCGAGACAAAUGUGCCCCAGAGCAAAAUCCCGGCCGAUUUGCCGCAAAGAUUGUGCCAAAUCGUCGCCAAUUCCUUGUCGAAACAGCUCAGUUAUUGUUGUGUCACUGUAAUUGGGGACGUGAAUAUGUGCUGGGGGGGCACUAGUGAGCCCGCCGCUCAAGCCACCUUGAUGAGCAUUGGCUCCUUGGGCAUAGAACCGAACAAAAAACAUGCCAAAAUUUUGUACGAAAUUCUGUGCAAAGAGUUGGGAAUUGCAAAGGACAGGAUGUAUAUUCACUUUAACAGUGCACCGCCCAGUGAAGUGGGCUAUAAUGGGACCACCUUUCAUGACAUUUUUGGAAAGUGAUUGUUGAUUACCCAAAUGGUCUUGUUUGUUUCUUACAAAUAAAAAAUAUUGGUAUUUUGUUUACAA